AUGGCGGGCGCGGAGGCGGGCGCCAUGCUGAGGGCCGGAGGUUUCAUGUCGCUAGUACUAGCCCUGGUGCUAGCUGCGAGGCUCCCCGCGCUCGGCGGGCCGCCGCCGCCGCUGGGCCGACUCCUCGCCCUGUGGGAGCUGUGGCCAGGUUAUAUAAAAGAGUGUCAGCUACUAUCAAUGGUAACAGUAAACAAUUCUUCAAAUAAAAUAUCACAACUUGUGGACCCAGAACAAUCAACAUUGAAAAAAAAUCUUCUAAUUUCUCAUGGUGUUUGGCAGAACACUUCUACAGCUGGAAGAAAUUAUAAAAUUUUUAAAACAAAAUCAGAAGCAACUAGAAGAAAAACUGACAAAUACAAGCACCAAUGGAAGCUGCUGAGAAAUAACAUUUUAAACAUUUUCAUGAAUCAAAACAAGCCACAACUAAUUACCAAUGAAGGCAUAAAAACACAAGUUUCCAAAAAGUGGACAGGAAGUGUAAAAAUAACUUCAACUGAAACAAAUGCAGAGCUAACAGAAAAAGCAAGAAAGGUCCUAAAGCUUGGGAAAACUGAAAAUACUAAGAUAAUAAGUCAACAUAAAAUUAAUUCACAUCUACAGAAUGAAUUUAAAAUUGUUGAAAAGAAAACUGCAAAUAAUAAAAGAAAUCAACUGCAAAAAAAGUUGUAUUGCAAUUCUUGUAUAUUUAACAAAUGCUUUGGAACUAAGCCAUCAUUGAUAAAUACGUUUUUGACAGCAAAUUGUCUAUCAACUGUUAAAGGAAAAUGUUGCAGAAAAAAUCUGAAAGACUUACAAAGCAUUUUGGUAUUAAAUUUAGUAAAAAAUCAGAUGGUCAAUGAAAGUAGUCAAAAUCAAACUAAAACAAUGACAAAGGAAAAAAAUAAAUGUACCAAUAAAAGAAUUUUAGCAUUUGUCAAACAAAAGGAAUUAGCUGAAAAGAGUUCUAAAACAUGGGACUGGGAAAGAAUAGGUGCAAUCAGCAGAGAUCAGCAUAAAAUAUUAACUGAUGCAAGAAAAGUGUUAAUAAGUGCAGAAAAGAAAAGUCAACAUACUGAACUUCAGAAAUAUGGACCUAUACCUAAAGAGUUUCAGGAAAUAACUGAAUCUGUAAACAAUAUACCAAGUGGAAUAAGCAGUUGGAAAAGAAAAUCAGAAGGAAUGUCUACUAGGCCUUACAGUAAAAACCAAAACAUUUUAAACUCAAUGAAACAAAGAUCAGCAGGAUUACAAAAGGGUCAACCAAAUAUGAAAGACAUAGAUGGAAUGUACACAACAGGAAAAUCAGACAAAAAUAACGGGAGCAUAGAUGUAUUGUUUAAUAGCUUGCCUGAAGUAGGAAUCAAAGUAAUACUUCAAGGUAAAGAGCAAAGAACUAAAACAACUCCAAAAUCUGUUGAUAAAAAUCAGAGAUCUUCUACACAAGCAAUGAUCCUGCAAAGAAGCAAAGAAAAUGUGCAGGAAAAGUGGUCAAUAUAUAAAACUGGUUCUUCUAGAACUCAUGAAAGAAAACAAGAUACUUUUAAAACUAAAGUUUCUAGAAAACAGAAAUGGAGAGGGAAUCCGGUUGAAGUACAUAUACCUAAAAAAGAAAGUACUGUGUUUAGAGUGGAAAGGUUGGAAUAUUCAUCCAGAAAUCACCACGUAGAACCUAUAAAGUUAAAUUCUGUCUUUCCAACCACAAAAUAUGCUGUAAGUGUUAAACAGGCAUUAUUUCCACCAGAAAUAGGACAAGCAAAGUCUUCAAGACACGUGGGAAAAAUGGUGACACAUAGCACGUCAACUUCAUGGAAGGUAAAACAGAAAUAUUUAAGCUUUGCUCGAAAGGAUUUAAAUAUUAAAGCUAGAAGAGCUGCUGUAUCAAACAAACAAACUGUGAAUAGUAAAUAUAAAAAAAUUAAUAAAAGAGAUCAUUUACCAAUAUCUUCAAUAUAUCCUUAUAAACAUACUUCUCAAAGUGUAUCUGAUGGUGAAAGAAGAAAACAAUCAACACAGGGUGAAAGUGUAAAGGUAUCUGUAGAUUUUGUGAACCACUUAGUCUCCGUUCUAGUAGCAGGUGCUACUAUUGUUGGAAUUGCCUUCUUUGCUUUGGGAUUAGCAGUGUUUUAUCUGUUUUAUAAAAGAAGGCAGCUUUUUCAGUUUCUCAGAACCAUUAUGAAAGAUGAAGAACUUCCAAACAAAUUUGUACCAAUUGAUGCUCAACGUGAUAAGCAUAUGUCUCUCUCUCAGAGUUUUCAUGUUGGAAAAUCACAGGAAUCAAGCAAAAAGCAAACAGAGGCAGCAACAGUUAAACAACUCAUCCUGUGAUGAUCAAGAAAAUGAAAAUUCUACUAAAACAUUCCCACAGCUUGGAAAAGCAAGGAUUCCAAAGUCAAGACUUGAAGACAAUGCUGUCAUAUCUUCUCCCUUUAAUGAAACACUGACAGUAGUGAAAUCAAGUGAAGACAUAACCCAUCUACCCAUUUCUGAGUCAGCACGAAAAUCCAUGGGGAAUAUUUGCAAAUACCAUUCAUUAGAUUCCAGUUGUCUCACUGGUGGUGAUUGCUCUCGUUUCCCAGAACCAGACAAUGACUUGAAUAAAUAAGCCUAUUUGAAAUAUAAAGAAUGACAGACUUGCUUUUAUAAUAGUAAAAUUCAUAGUAAGAAUGU